AGUAUCAGUGGAAUAUACACACUCUCUGACUGGUGUCUUCUUUGUGAGCCUGUAGAGAGAACUGGGUUUACGUGGGCCACAGGGAGAAUUGGGAAAACCAGGCCCACAGGGACCACCGGGUGAUCCUGGAGAAAGAGGACCGUCAGGGCGCGUGGGAGAUAUGGGUGAUCCUGGCCUGCCAGGUGUACCAGGUUUACCAGGGAUUCCUGGGAAAGAUGGAGAAAAUGGCCUGAAAGGACAACAGGGGGCUCCUGGAAUACCUGGCCCAAAGGGCCCUCUUGGCUAUAAAGGAGAAUUUGGCUCACCUGGUGAAAAAGGAGAUGAGGGACUUAUUGGAGCAGAGGGUCCAAGUGGAGAUGUAGGGGAACCUGGAGAGAAAGGAUAUAAAGGACUGCCUGGGCCGCCUGGUCCUACUGGCCUUCAAGUAAGUCUCUAAUAUCACUCUGACCUUACUAAUGUCUUUAUGGUAACAUAAUGCAUGCUAUAAGAGUAAAAUGGUCUUUAAUUGCAGGGGCCACAUGGGAUUAGAGGGAUUGAGGGCCUUGAGGGCCCUCCAGGGACAGAUGUAAGUAAAGCUAAACAUUUCAAUAUGACACAGACUUGCACCAUGGAUUAAAGUUUCCAUCACCACAUCAGAUUUCCUGCCCAGUGGAAAGUUUCAGUCAUGAACAAAGAUUUUGCUUUAAUCCUCGUGGUUCAGUUUACAAAGUACAGCAUGGCGUUAUCUACAUUUCAAUAAAUGCUUGCUUCCAUCUCUUAUCUGUUUUACAGGGGGAUGAUGGCUUCGAUGGCCCACCAGGUCCGCAAGGUCCACCAGUAAGAAAUCUAAACAAUUAAUAAAUACUAGUAUUCACAAUUCUGUUGUAGUUACUUCUCAUUGGAUUAUAUAUUAACACUUACAUUUCAUUUUAAUUCAGCAAACACUUCAUUCAAAGAAUCUCUCUGGGAUUUAAGCUCUCAGGACCAGAUGUACUGUUCCUGGCUCAAUUAUGAUGCCGUCGCUGAAAAUCCUAGCAUUUCCUGUACAUUACUAGCAUAAAAGCAGUUAAUAAGUCAUGCACCUGGAACAUUCCAACUGUCCUCCCUCAUCCAUGUGUAAUUGAGGAUGGAGAACUUGAAGUGCAGAUGAUUAUAUUCUGUUUGAUUUACUAAAGUUUGGGCAGUUACUUACGGCAAUUACUCAUGGCCAAAAUCAGGGGAAAAUUAGCAGCAUGCAAGUUACUCAGAGCAGUAUGGCUGGGGUUGCCAGGUGUGUGGUUCAUAAAAUUUAGGAACUCCACCUCAGUCUGCUUAAAGUGCGCUGCUUCAUCAGCUUGUCCACUACCCCGUGCGUAUGUUUUUAGAGAAUAGUGCACAUUAAGCAAAACAUAGGCACAAUUCAGUAUGUGUAUUAAAUAAAUUAAUCCGUUAGAGACUGACAGCCAAUAAAUGUUGGUGGAACCCAUACUGUUAGAUUGGGAUAUUUUCUGUGAUGAGUU